AUGGCUAAGCUACUACUUGCUGAAGGUGCUGACACCCGUGUCCAUAACAGCAUGCGCAAGCACUACUUUCUGCCCAUUCACCUGGCUCUUAUUUUUGAGAACGAAGAUGUUGCUGAAAUUCUUUUAGACUGUGACAGCGAAAAUGACCUUCGCUGUUCGGGAGGACUCACUCCCUUGCAUUUGGCUGCAGAAAAAGGGUAUGAAAGAAUAGUGAGGAAGCUGUUGGCCUCAGGAGCUGAUGCUUGUGUCCAGUGUGAGAACGGCAACACACCACUCCACUACGCUCUCAUGGAAAAAAAAGAAGACACGGCCAAUAUCUUAAUAGAUUUCGGCAGCGAAAAUGACCUCAUAAAUAGAAAUGACGAGACUCCCCUGCAUGUGGCUGCUGGGAAAGGAAUGGUUGGAAUAACGCAGAAGUUGCUGGCUGCAGGGGCUGAUUUUAAAGCUCGAUGUAGGUUUUUUUGCACUCCCUUUCACCACGCUCAUUUAAGAAGAAUGGAGGAUACGGCUAGAGUCCUUGCCGAUUCGAUCCAUAGAAACGACUUUCCACAUGAUCUUGUUGAAACUAUUCUCGAACAGUGGGAAGCCGAUGAAGUAUUGUCAAAAAUAGCGAGAGCAAGUUUGCUUUUUGAAUUUUCUCACAGGCGGUAUGAAAUAGAGAAAUACAGAUUGUGGUGGGGUCUGAAAUAUGAAUGUAAUAAGACUGUAGCAGAGAAAGUUUCUUUAAUCGCCUUAGCAGGCAUCGAGUUUGAUUGGAAAGAUUUGAAACUUAUCCCGAAGCACAUGCAGUACCGCGACGAAGUAUUGGCCGAACGUCAUGCCGAAAUCCAACAGAUGAAGAACACAAAGCUACGAGGAACUACAGUUUCUUACUUUGAUCUCGCCAAGGCGCCUGCUGCCAAAUUGGCAAUCUUUCUCAGGAACGAUGAUAUCCGAAGUGUUUUACGUGAAGAUGCGAUUCAAGACUUUCCACAUUAUUCCAAGCUAAUUUUAUCCAGACUGAGAAGGGCUGAGUCGAGGAGAGUUCUCAACGAUCAGUGCCACGAGUGCUUUCAGAUGCUGUGCAGAAACUUGUCUUUCCUAUCAAUAAUAAGUGUCGAUUUGGUGUUGCUUUGCUUAACGGAGGAAGAAAUGCAAAAGUUCGUGGCAGCUUUCAAAUUCUGGUUUUGA